CUCCCUUCCUGGGUCUCCCCCUGCGGGAUGUUCUCCAGAAGGAGCCAUGCCGAUGUCAAGAAAUCUACACAGAAAGCUCUGGACCCAAAGAAGGACGUCCUGACCCGCCUCAAGCACCUCAAAGCGCUGCUGGAUAUUGUCGAAGGAAGUGACCUGAAGCAAUUUUUUGAGAUCAACUAUUCUCAAAUUUAUUUUAUCUUCUAUGAAAAUUUCAUAACACUGGAAAAUAGCUUGAAACAAAAAGGGAAUAAAUCACAAAGGGAGGAGCUGGACUCCAUUCUGUUUCUUUUUGAAAAAAUAUUACAACUGCUACCUGAGAGGAUAUUUUAUCGAUGGCAUUUCCACAGUAUAGGGUCAGUUUUGAAGAAGCUUUUGCACACUGGAAACUCUAUUAAGAUAAGACGUGAAGGAAUCCGACUGUUUCUUCUUUGGCUUCAAGCACUUCAGACAAACUCCACAGAGGAGCAAGUGUUAAUUUUUGCAUGCCUAGUGCCUGGUUUUCCAGCGAUCAUGUCAUCAAGAGGUCCCUGUACACUGGAUACACUCAUUAGCCCUACUCCUAAUUUGCCUGAUGCAAAGAUUUAUCCUGAAGAGAUAACCCCACUUCUGCCAGCUGUCUCUGGUGAAAAGGUUGCUGAGGACCAAACCUGCUAUUUUCUUCAGAUAUUGUUAAAGUAUAUGGUAAUCCAGGCUGCAAGCUUAGAGUGGAAGAAUAAGGAGAACCAAGACACUGGUUUUAAGUUUCUCUUCACCUUGUUUAGAAAGUAUUAUCUUCCUCACUUGUUUCCAUCUUUUACAAAACUAACCAGCCUCUACAAACCUGUCCUUGAUAUUCCUGACUUGAGGCCAAAACCAGCAUACAUUACUGCAACUCGGAAUAAUGAGAACAUCUACAGCACGAAAAUCCCAUUCAUGGCUGCUCGUGUUGUUUUUAUUAAAUGGCUUGUAACCUUCUUUCUCGAAAAGAAGUACUUAACUUCAGAGCAGAAUACUAAAAAUGGAGGAGAAAUGCUGCCUAAAAUCAUUCAGACUGUUGGUGGUACAACUCAAGAUAAAAACCCCGAGUUGGAAACUAGUGUGCUAUCAGAGCAAGAGAAAAAUCAUUCCAAUAGCAGCACUUUGUCUGAUAGGCGACUCAGUAACUCUAGCCUUUGCAGCAUUGAAGAACAACAUCGGACAGUGUAUGAGAUGGUACAGAGAAUUCUGUUGUCCACUCGAGGUUACGUCAAUUUUGUUAAUGAAGUAUUUCGCCAAGCUUUUUUGUUGCCAUCCUCUGAUAUAUCUGCAACACGGAAAGUGGUUAAGGUAUAUAAAAAGUGGAUAUUGCAAGACAAGCCUGUGUUCAUGGAAGAACCAGAUAAACAAGAAAAUAUUCAAGAUAAUGUGUCCAACUUGGAACAUACAGAGACAGAUUGCAAACAUCUUGCCUCUGGUCAUUCUGGACAUAAAAGAUCUUCCAGUUGGGGAAGAACUUACUCCUUCUCUAAUGCUGUUAGCAGAGGAUGUGUACUAGAAGACGAAGACAAGAACGUUAAGGCUGGUGCUCAGGCUGCAUUACAGGUGUUUUUGACAAACUCUGCAAAUGUUUUUUUAUUGGAACCAUGUGCUGAAGUCCCUGCUCUCCUGAAGGAGCAAGUUGAUGCUUGCAAAGCAGUUUUGAGUAUUUUUAGGCACAUGAUAAUGGAACUUUCAAUGAAUAAAAAGACAUGGGAACAGAUGUUACAAAUACUCCUGCGAAUAACAGAAGGUGUCAUGCAGAAGCCAAAGGAUAACCAAGUAAAGGACAUGUUUGCUCAAAGCUUGGCAGGAUUACUUUUCAGGACUCUUAUUGUGGCUUGGAUCCGAGCAAAUCUGAGUGUUUACAUUUCUCGAGAACUCUGGGAUGAGCUGCUCAGCAUACUGUCUUCCCUUACUGACUGGGAGGAGCUGAUAACUGAAUGGGCCAACAUCAUGGAUUCUCUAACGGUGGUGUUAGCAAGAAUGGUGUAUGGAGUUGAAAUGACAAACUUACCACUGGAUAAACUAAGUGAGCAAAAGGAAAAAAAACAAAGAGGCAAAGGUGGCAUCUCAGAUCCUCAAAAGACAACUACAAUGGGACGAUCGUUUUCAUUAAGCUGGAGAAGUCAUCCUGAAGUUGCGGAACCAAUGAGAUUCAGGAGUGCUACUACCUCUGGAGCACCAGGAAUUGAAAAAGCAAGAAACAUAGUCCGACAAAGAGCAACAGCUAAGCGAAGCCAGUCUAUCAGCAACUGUGUUCAUCUUUAUGAGGCUUUGCCAGCCACUAAAAGUGUACCUCUUCUGCUUCACACUGUGAGCUCUCUCUUACCUGGUAUCUCUUACACUUCUUGCUCUCACAGACUUUCAGAAGUUGAAGAAGCUCAACAAUCAGAAAAUACAACAGGACCAGAGUCGAGUGGCCUCUUUGCAGACCAGGACCAGCAACUAACUCGAAGCAGUAGCACUUCAGACAUUAUAGACCAAUUUAGUUCUGAUUUUUUUCAAGAUAAAAAGACUGAGAGUUCGCAGAAUUUAAAUUGUGUGGAUUCCAAAUCCAUUCAAGACAAGAAAGGAUAUAUGAAGAAAGAAAAUGAAGCCCAACACGUUUUAAUACGAAGGAGCAGCAGUCCAGCUGAAUUAGAUUUGAAAGCAGACUUGCAGCAGUCACAUGGAAAUCACAGAGAAAGAGAAAUGAGUGAAAGUGUUAGCAGUGACACGUUCAUUGGCUACAAUAAUGAAGUAGAGAUCACCCUGGUCCCCUGGCAAACAUGUGAAGAAGAACAUGAAGUUAAUAUACCAACAGAUGUUUGUGUAGAUGCAGAUGCACGUCAUUGGCUGCAGCUUAGUCCUUCAGAUGCUGCAAAUUUAACAGACAGCAGCGAGUUCCUUGCUGAUGACUGCAGUAUAAUUGCUGGUGGAAACCUCAUAGGUUGGCAUCCUGAUUCAGCUGCUGUAUUAUGGAGAAGGAUCUUGGGAAUUCUUGGAGAUGUGAAUAAUAUCCAGUCUCCUAAAAUCCAUGCCAAAGUUUUUGGGUAUCUCUAUGAACUAUGGUACAAACUGGCAAAGAUAAGGGACAAUCUUGCUAUAAGUUUGGACAACCAGUCUACACCUUCUCCUCCUGUUUUAAUUCCACCUCUCAGAAUAUUUGCAGCAUGGUUAUUCAAGGCAACAACCUUGCCAAAUGAAUAUAAAGAAGGUAAACUUCAAGCAUACAGGUUGAUCUGUGCUAUGAUGACUAGGCGCCAAGAUGUUUUGCCAAAUUCUGAUUUCCUAGUGCAUUUUUAUCUCGUGAUGCACAUUGGCUUAACUAGUGAAGAUCAGGAUAUUUUAAAUACCGUCAUAAAACACUGCCCAUCUUGCUUUUUCUUCUUGGGUUUACCUGGUUUUACAAUGCUGAUAGGAGACUUCAUCACAGCUGCAGCCAGAAUCCUUAGUACAGACAUGUUGGAGGCCCCUCGGUCAGAAGCUCAUACCAUUCUUGGUUCUCUUGUUUGCUUUCCAAAUAUCUACCAAGAAAUCCCUCUAUUACAACCCAUCAGUGAAGCUGAUGAAAUCAUCGCAGGAGAUGCAGAUGUCAAAUGUUACCUCAUAAAUAUUCUAUUGAAGAAUGCCACAGAUGAGCCCAGUGAAACUGCAAGGUGUAUAGCUGUUUGCUGCCUUGGAGUUUGGAUAUGUGAAGAACUAGUACAGUGCACAAACCAUCCUCAAGUGAGGGAUGCAAUAAAUGUUAUAGGUGUAACACUAAAGUUUUCUAAUAAACUGGUAGCCCAGAUAGCCUGUGAUGUUCUUCAACUGCUAGUUUCUUAUUGGGAAGAGCUUCAGAAGUAUGAAUCCUCUCUAUCCAGGAAAAUUACUGAGAUUCUUGUGGCCACCAUUGCAUUUCUUUUGCCAAGUGCUGAAUACUCCUCUGUAGAAACAGAUAAAAAGUUUAUAGUUUCAUUAUUACUUUGCUUGUUGGAUUGGUGCAUGGCACUACCAAUGAAAACCUUACUAGAGCCAGUAUCUACUGUUCUGGAAGAUCAACAUUCCUCCAAAGCUCCCUUACUGGAUUACGUAUAUAGGGUGUUGCACUGUUGCGUUUAUGGCUCAAGCACAUAUACGCAACAAAGCCAUUACAUAUUGAGCCUUGCAGAUCUCUCAUCUAAUGACUAUGAUCCAUUUUUGCCAUUGGGAAAUGUCAAGAAUUCUGAGCCAGCACACUCCCAUUCCAUUCCAGAUUUGGGAAAUCUACUCACUGUUGUUGAAGAAAAAAAAAGAAGAAGCUUGGAAUUAAUACCUCUAACUGCACGGAUGGUUAUGACACAUCUAGUAAACCACUUAAGUCACUAUCCCCUCAGUGGAGGACCUGCCAUUCUUCACAGCCUUAUUAGUGAGAAUCAUGACAACUUUUAUGUGGAAUCUUCUGAGCUGUCUUCAGAAGUCUUCAGAAGUCCAAACUUGCAAUUAUUUGUAUUUAAUGACAGUACUCUUAUAUCUUACCUUCAAAUUCCUGCAGAAACGACUGUGGAUACUGAGCCAGCAGGAGUCCUCUCAGAUGUAAGAGUAAUUGUCAGAGAUAUCUCAGGGAAAUAUUCUUGGGAUGGCACGAUAUUAUACGGACCUUUGGAAGGCUGUCUAGCACGUCAGACUGGAAAUAAUUCAUUUGUGGUUUUGGGCAGUCAUGAAGGGCAAUUUGAGGCCCAGACAGACUUUUCUCAAACAGAAGAAGGAGACGAUGCUCUUAAUGAAUUGCUAGAAAAGAUUGGUAACACUAGUCCUGAAUGCCUUUUACAUCCACAGCUAAAAUUAAAUGAGCCAUCACCACCACCAUUUGGUAUGAGCCAUGAUCAAGAGAAUGAGAUCAUAGAAGCCAUAAUAAGGCAGAGUGCCCAAGAAAAAGACCAUGUACGUAAAUGCAGUUCUGAUCUUGAUAUGAACAUAGCGAGUGAAGAAGAACCAAGUUCUGCUGAACCACAAGCACCAUUUUAUUUCUGUAGGCUGUUGCUAAACGACUUAGGAAUGAAUUCUUGGGAUAGAAGAAAAAGCUUUCAUCUACUUAAGAAAAAUUCUAAAUUAUUGAGAGAGUUGAAAAAUCUGGACUCCCGUCAAUGCCGUGAAACUCACAAGAUUGCAGUGUUUUACAUUGCAGAAGGACAAGAGGACAAAUGCUCAAUAUUGUCCAAUGCAAGAGGAAGCCAACCAUAUGAAGAUUUUGUUGCUGGAUUGGGCUGGGAGGUUGAUCUUUCAACACAUUGUGGAUUUAUGGGUGGUCUGCAACGUAAUGGCAGCACAGGACAAACAGCACCGUAUUAUGCUACCUCUACUGUGGAAGUCAUUUUUCAUGUGUCCACAAGAAUGCCGUCAGAUUCUGAUGAUUCACUGACCAAAAAGCUUCGUCACUUGGGAAAUGAUGAGGUUCACAUCGUCUGGUCUGAGCACACCAGGAACUACCGCAGGGGUAUUAUACCAACAGAUUUUGGAGAUGUUUUAAUUAUUAUUUAUCCAAUGAAGAAUCACAUGUUUUUCGUAGAGAUAAUGAAGAAACCAGAGGUGCCAUUUUUUGGUCCUCUGUUUGAUGGAGCAAUAGUGACUGCAAAACUGCUGCCAAGCCUUAUAUGUGCCACAUGCAUCAAUGCCAGCAGGGCUGUGAAAUCUCUCAUACCCCUCUACCAGAGCUUUUAUGAGGAAAGAGCUCUGUAUCUUGAAGCAAUAAUCCAGAAUCACAAAGAAGUAAUGACAUUUGAGGAUUUUGCAGCUCAGGUCUUUUCUCCCUCUCCUAGCUACUCUCUCAGUGGAACUGGCUGUCUCACUAUGAGUGCAAGUGCUGAUCUUACUGUAACCACAAGAAUAGAGUUAGCAGAGCAGACCUCUCCAACACUACCCAAUGCCACGAAAAACAAAGCCUCUGGGAAACUUCGGCGCUCUGCUAGUGCUCUCAGCAAAUCUUCAAAUUAAAGCACUUUGGAAGGGGAAGCCUAUUCAAGGGAAUUUGAAAAAAAAAUCGGAAUAAAAUCAUUUACUGUAUCACUAGAACAUUGCUACAUGCUUUGGAUGAGCAUAUAAGGAAGUGUACAGUUCCCUUGUGGCAAAACUUAAAUUAUUGAUGGACAGCUAUCACUUGAUUUACCUGUCAUGCAUUACACUUGAUUAUUGUUGUCACCAAAAUAACUAUGUCAAAACUGGAUCUUUUUUAGUGUGUGAGGCAUUUAACUGAUGUGGGGUAACUCACUUAUUUUCCCUUAGAAUCUGUAGAUGCAAGUACAGCUGUCACAGGAAGAGGAUGCAAAGCAAGUAUUGAAACCAAUUAUUUAAUUUACUUUCAUUGUGUUGAUCGUUUAAUCAUUCCAAUUAUAGUUUAACACCUGUGUGUAUAUUAGCAAAUUUUGUCUAAAUGGAAAACAAGUUUUCAUUUAAUUAAACAUGAUGGACUUUUUCUCUUAAGAGUGAGUGAAUGACUUGGGUGCUUUUCAGUAUGUCAUCAAGUGCUCCCUUCCUUUUCUGUUUUGAAUUGAUACCCCAGUACAGUUUUUGUGCAUAAAAACCAUAAGUAUCAAAUAGCUGUUUUAAGUAAUUUAUUUGUAAUCUAGGAAAGUGCUGCUAAUUGCAUAAAUCACCAAGACCUGGAUUAAAGUCACUUGGCUUAAUCUUGCCCUUUUAUUCAAGGGUGCAUGUCCCCAUUCAUUUAGUAAAAUCCUGAAAUUGAGCUUGCGCUGACCCUCGCAGGAUUGGGCCCUUUGUGGGAUGCUGCAUAUUAACAUACCAGAGAGCAGAAUUAAGACCCCUGCAUUCUAUCUCUUAUUGUUGGUUAUAACCAUCACAUGCCAAUGCUGGUAAAUUUAAGGGUUUGCGGUUUUGGCUUUUUUGGUAUUUAACAAAGAUUCAUACUUAUACCAUAAAAUGUAAUACAGGUUAGAGAUGUAAACCUGUACAGUUUGGUUCAGACCAUUUAGUUUAUGUCUGUCCAUUUAUUUUUUGAUAGAAAUCUUCUUUUGCAGCACUAUCUUUGGACCUAGGGUCAUUUUGUCAUAUGAAAUGUUGCAUGUGAUUAAUGCAUAAUGUGAGCUAAUCACUUUUUUCUGUUUGUGUGGAAAAAAUAAAAUGACCAGUGAUUUCAUUUAGAAAAGCAAAUAUUGCACAUUUGCAAUAACUACUUCUCAACCAGAUUUGUAUAACUGGGAGCCAGUACACAUCCUCAGUAGCCACACUGACAUAGCACAUCAACAGCGCAAUAAUCUGCAAAUUAAAGUAUCCCUAGUUAGUCCUAGAUAUUGUAAUAACCUUCCAAGGAUACAUUACAUUGUGUUCUUUUGGUGAUCUGCAUAUUGUGCAAAUGUUUUGGAUAUAAAAAAACCUCAGUACAAUUUCAGUGAACAGUGGUUCUGAGGAGUUAAGGGGAAAUUUUUGUACUUUUAGAAAAUUAAUAUUACCAUAAAAGCGAGGAAAAUAAGAGACACACACUGUAACCACUUAAACACUUAAUAGAAGGUAAGGAAUUCAGAUUUAAGGCUGAAAUUCUGUCAUCCAUUAUGACUUUGUAUUGCAAAGGUCUCUAAACAGAAGUUGAUUUUCCAUAUAAUAAUGCUGUAAUACCUAGGAACAACAGUGUAUGAAAUGGGCGGAGUUUCAAAACUGAAUUUCCUGACUCUUUUUUUGUUUGGUGGAGGGACAGGGGGCAGUUGUCAGACACCUAACGUUACCGUAAGUUUGUUUUUUGACAUUUUGACUACUAGUGUUCGUAUAUAUGUCUGAUUUUUGUAUCAUACCCCUGUAAUCUUCCUAAUCUUCCUCAGGUCUAGUUAACAUAGUCUCUGUUUGUUUGUGUUUAUUAAGCUGGAUGCACACCUGAAAAACUUAAUGUGACUUCUUACCUGAACUGAAGGGGAGCUACUUUAAGUAAAGCUAAAUGCACCAUUGGGUCGCCAUUUUUAUUUGGGCUUUUUGUUUUUGCACUCAGUUUCCGUGUAUACAUUAAGUGAAUGUUUAUUUUCACGUUCACAAUGAUCUGUGCUUAUUCUCUGUAAAUAAUGAAUGCUAUUUGAUAAAUCUUUACAGUAAUAAGUUAUAGCUUGGCAUUUUGUUAUUGACUUUUUGUAUUAGUUUAUUUGGUUCUAGUGGUAACCAGUUUAUCAGGAAAAAUUAAAAUGGGAUGCACUCAUUAUCCAGAGCAGAAACUAGAAAUUGUUACUUGUGAUGUUAGUACAUAGUCUACACUAGCUAGCAGAUAAAUGCAGUCAGCCUCCUGGCACAGAGCAUAAUUGAAUUGCUGACAUUUCUGAUUGCCAUUUGACUUUCUGUUCAAACCUUGUUCUUUGCAACUUUCUGAUUGUGUGUCUAUAAAAUAAGUUAGAAAAAAAUGUGUAUUGCAUUAUCUAAUGUGUUUUCAUUUUAAUCACUGUUGGGUAAGGAGUUACUGUGCUUAGUUACCCAGUAAAAUGUGUGUCAAAUACACACCAGGUGGAGUAGCUCAAAGAGGAUUUUUCUGAAUGAGACAAAAUAUUUCCUUCUAAAACGACACCAAUCUCUAAUGCAGGGAAGAAUGAAAGUGCAGAGUUAUUAUUUCCUUGUUAUAAAAAAGCGUAUUUUCUUCUUUAAAAAAUGAAAAUUAGAAUCUGAGGGUUUUGGUAGUAUAAAACAAACAAGUACACUCUUUUCUUAACUCCUCAGAAAUCAAUUAAAUCUCAGUUCACUGCAUAAUUCUGAUUUAAAAUAUGUUAAAUGUAAAAAAUGUAUCUUUGUGAUAUAUACAGCUACUCUGGUCCUUUGUUUAGAUGCCAAGUUAAAACAAGGUACAUUGAUCCCGUGGCAAUGGAUUUUAUUUCCAGUAUUGCAAUAAUAAAUGUAGAUUUGAAUGCAUUGGAUGAAUAUGGAUACAAUAGAAUGUCAUUUGCUUACCUGCACCAUUUUUGACCACCUGCAUUUUGGCUAAGAGAACAGAGCUAUUGGCCAAAAUUCAGACUGGGUAUAAAUAAAUGCAAUUCUCAUGGAAAGCUCCGGACAAUUUCAUUAGUGACUUCCAUGGUGAAAUAAGUUACAUAUCUGGUGUAAGUGGUAAAACAAUGUAACUGACGCAGAUCUGGCAUUCGUGUAACUGAAGCUGAGUAGCAGAAUGGGCUGUAUAGCAGGAAGAACUGCUAACAUGAGGAUGUUAGGUAGGAUGUGGGAGGGGUAAAUUGGACUCCUGCUGAAUACCAAAGAGUUGUACCUUUUUUCUGUCCUGCUUACACCAUUCUUAAGCCACUGCUGAAUUUGGCCCAUUGUAGACUUGACAGACAGACAAGUACACUGCUAAUCCAUAAAAGUACAGGGGACCAGACUGUUCCAUCACUUCUGCAUAUGCAGGUCCUUGAGAAGUCACCUGGCAGGAUGAUCAGGCCCAUUUUGUAAGAGUGUAUUAUACUUUACAAAUGAGCUGGCUUCUGACAGAUGGAAGUUUUUGUUUAGCUUUUAUCAGUGAAAACUAUUCAGCUACCCGGCAACAUACUUGCCUAGUCCAGGUUCCAUUUGGCAUAAUUAAACACCAACAACUAGAUUUAAUGUAAUCUAAGGACAGUUCACUCCCUGCCCCCAUCAUAACAGUAUUUGUAUUUCCAUAAGGUUUCCUAGAAAUUUGAAAACUAAUAUUACAAAUAUGCUCAUUUCAAUAUUCAAGGGAAAUCUCCAGAACAUCUUCAGUAUCUGAUGACAUGAGAAGACCUCCAAUUAACCCUUUCAUACAGUGACAAUAAUACUAGUGUCUAAAAAUAGUUGGUAAAACUUUGGGGUGAGGGGGUCACCUUUUAUAAAUCAAGAGACUAAAGAUAUUUUUCAGUUUGUGUUGGACCAAACUCUACAACAGCUGUGGCUGAAAAUUCUCUCCAACUCCAGUUCUCUUGACAGUUUGCUUCAUAGUACCCUUAACUGGGGAAAUAAAACACUCCAGAAGUGUGUGCUGUUGUGAUGCAAGACCUUAUUACCAUAGUGCAACUCCAUUUGUCAUUUGGCUAAGGUGCUGUAGUGGAUAUAUUUUUACCAUUCAGUUGUCAGUAAGAUAAUUUACAAAAACAAGACAUCCAGGAAUUUUAUAUAUAACCUAGAUAUACCUUCAUAUGUGUUGGGUAGAUACCUUUCCCAAAGUGUAAGGGUAGUCAUAUAAUAUAAGUGAAUUGUGCUUACGCAAUAUUUCUUUUGUAAAUGCUUGUAUUCUAACAACGGAGGGAAUAAUCAUGAUAUCUUUAGAAAACUCAGGAAGCUUCCCCCCUUCAAAAUGCCGCAUUCUUCAACGUGAAGGGGCAAUUUUGCAUCCUCUAGUAAAGCAGGAGAAUUGUGAGUCUUUUAAAAAUGCCUCCAGGAACCAAUAAGAUACAACACUUGAACGUCUCCACUCAUUAGGAAGGGAGUCUGUUUUCCUAAUAUACAACUGGUUACAUGGUUAUUUCCACAACAGUGGCUUUGCUUUUAUCACAAGUUAUAAAGUCAGGGCUCCUGUUGCUUUUACUAGAAAAGGAUGCUUGAAGAGCCUCAAUCUUUUAUAUGUUCUCCUAUUGGGCCCAUCUGUAAUGUCCAGUAUACGGAACUGUGCAGAAGCAGGUGAAGUGGAAAUGGCUGUGCUUUGUAAUUUUCUUGUCUCUGAACAUACCAAACAAUCUUCCCAGUUCAUUAUCCUCACGAAAGUCAAACAGUGGAAUUUCAGAAAAUAAACUGUCCCUUCUGAGACUGGAUUCCAACGUGUCACGUACCACACUAAUCCUUUACUAGUCUACGGUCUAGGUGAUGAUCAGACCUAAGAGCCAGUGCCCAAAGAUGUGAUGAUGCAGAGAGCCUUGUCUUCCCUUACACUCCUGGGCAGGGGCCAAGAACAAUCCCAGUGGAGAGCAUAGGCACUGCGCCCAGCUCAUGCUGACAGCAAUACUAACUUCCCAAAAGGGGGAAGGGUAAGCGCAUCCCACUCCCGGCAACCAUGCUGGUCUGGCAUGGAGCACAGUGCAUGCUGCACCUUUAAACAGAGUGGCAAUGCGUCAUUGCAGCAUGUGCUUCUCCAGAGCCCCAGUUGAAUUUCCAUCUGGGGUUCGUGCUAUGCUGGAGCCUUUCCUCAGUCCCCCAGUGUGGCUAAUGGCUUAGAAAGCACAGUCCAGCCCUUAAAAGGCUUUGAAAUGUUAUCACAUCUGCAUUUGUGCUUUUAGUUUGGGAUUGAAUGAAAGAAGAAGGUACAAACUCCACAAUGCACACUCGUGUAAUCCCGUGCACAAAUGAUGCACUCAUGUCGCAUCCUGUGAUUGUUCAGAAACCAUGUCCCAGAUUAUUUAGCUUCUUAGGCACUGCCUCGCUUGAAGCCAUUUAAUACAUGUGCUAGGAUGAUUUCUGGGAGAAAGUGAAAACAGCCCUAUUGGUGACUUUCACUGGAUAGGGCAGUUACAACUUUUGCUCCUCUUAGAACUUGAUUGAGAAAGUUGGCUUCUCAGAUUGUUUUGGGCCUGAGUCAUGCAACUCUCACACAAGGAAGGUCAGAGUCAUCCCUCGUGUGACUGUAUCAAAAUCAAAGAGAGUCCCCAGGGGUGAAUUCACCCUAUCAGACUUGAUAAGAACUCCUCAUGGGAGCAAGGUGUAUUCACUAGGAAUACAGGGUUUGAUCCUUAUCAUCAACUAAUAAUGUUUGACAUAAUGCUUUAAAGUCCAAAAUGCAAUCUGCUGCAAUUAGCAAAGCCUCUCUCCCCUUUUGGGCAAAGCUGUAUAGCUCUUGGAUUGCCUUCAAGUGAAAUGUUCAGCAAGGCCCCUAACCAUCCAUAUGUCAGAGAGAGAUUUGCCUGAGUGAGGAGUUCCAAACUGAGCCCAGACAGGGUACUCAAGGUAAUCAAACCGAUUCUUCAUUGGAAUGUUACAUAUUUUAUUCACACAGAUGGCUGUGUCCUUGAUGCACAUAGGCAAUUCAGACUGAUAUUUGCUCCUUUUUCAUCAUCCCCCCCCCCCCCCCCCGCUGUCUGUAAGCCUAGCCUCCUCCAAAGGAUCUUUGACUACUGAACUUAGAGCCAGCGCUGCCACUGGCACCCUUUCUCUGGAUCAUAUUUAGGAGCAUUCAUUGCAGCACUCAGCUGCCAGUAGUCAGUACAUUUGAUCAAUAUUUUCAAAGAAAUGGCCCUUUGGAUAAGUGCAGAAGUGAGGCCCUCAUGAGAGCACUCUCACUGUAUUGAACCUGGCAAGCGUUCUCAGCCGUAGCCUCUGGCAUGGUUUGAACCAGCAGAGGCUGUGCAACAAUGGCAUUAUCUUCAGCUUCCUCUGAAGGGGGUUUUGCAGCCUUUUGCUAAUAAUAAUUACAGACCAUUACCAACCCCCAAAGACGUUAUUUAUGUACCAUUCAGUGUAAGAAAUGCUUAAUGAGAGUUCCUCCUCUUCUAAGCCUCAUAACGCCUUGUUGCAGAGUGAUUUACAUGAACAUUCAAAAUGAUCUGUUUCUACUGUUGAUUUUCUACUCUACAGAGAGUUUACAUAGGAAAAUGAAGGGGGUCAGUUCUCUCAGUCAUAAUGGAAAUGCUAUGGGGGUAUUUGUUUGUUGGUGGGGAAAAGGACCCCCUAGUGUCUAUAUUGGAGAGAUUAGGGGGUGAGAGAGUUCUCUUUUAAAUAGCCUUUGGGUGAACUUUUGAUACUGAAAUGGAAAGUUAAUCCUACACAGCAGGAGAUGAAUUCUAAAGUCAUUUUGUUUGUAAAAUUAUUAGUGUGAUCUGAGAGUUAAUUAGUUUGAGCUGCCGAGAAUGGGUUACACGUGUUCUGUUUGUUAUGCUGUAGUGUUAGCAAAGUCUUUAAAAUUCAUUUUACGGUUAAAAAUACUGUUCUUUUGGACCAAGAUUUUUUUAAAAUGGAGGCCUAAAGUUAGGCUCCUAAAUGCGUGAUGAGAUUUUCAAAAGUGCAGCCAGCCAGAAGCUCCAAUUCAAGUCAAUAAGAGCCUCUGAAAAUCAGGCUACUAAUGUAGGGUACUAAAUAUGGAUAUAGGUGACUAACUUCAGGCCCCCACCUUUGAAGUCUGUCUUGGGAAAUAAUAGUUUUAUGACUAUUUGCUGCCUUGUAAGCAAUUGGGAAUCAGCUCUUCUUACAGACAAGGGCUGGCAAUCUGAGUCAACUCUACCAGAGCCCAGUUUCUAAGGACAAUCAGAAAAGAUUUAAAAUAAUUGCAAGAUACUCCAGAAUUGAGAGACUGUGUAAAACGUUUGUUUUCUCCAGCACUGAUGGGGAUGAAGGCCCUGAUGCUGUGCACACUUUUUUCACAUGUGAGUGACUAUACACAUGAGUAGUCCCACUGAGUUCAGUGGGGCUAUUCACACAUAAGUGUUUGCAGGUCAGGGACCUUAAUUUGUUUAAAAAAAAAUUUGAUAUGUGUUAAGAAAUAAGAGGGAAAUUUUCAAAGGGCAGUUAGCAAACCACCUCCUCAAUGGAAUUUGAGCAUUUAAGUUCUCUUUGUGCUUUUGAAAAUCUCACCUUUCCUUUCCCUAUGUGCAUGUAACAUGCAUGAGAUUUAGUUGAUCAAAAGGGAGAGACUCCCAGCCCUGCAAAAACUUGCACACCUGUUUAAGUCAAAAGUUAGCACCUAUUAAGUGUUUGCAGGAUCAGGGUCUUAACAUUGUUACUACUGUAUUGGUAUAUGUCAACGUUCCCAUCAGAAACAAGCCUAUUAUCAGGAGGUUGUUGCCUGCCAUUCAUUCAGGAGUAUCUUGCUCUUGUAUGGCUCCAAAAUAUCUUUGAUGUUUACAUUUGGGUGGGUUAAUGUUAGAUAUCUAAGAAUUGGCAAAAGUACAGCGAAGGGCAGCAAAAAUGAUUAGGUGUACAAAAAAGAUUCCAUAUGAGGAGAGAUUAAAAAGACUGAGACUAUUCAGCUUAGAAAAGAAACAACUGAGGGGGAAUAUGGUAGAGGUUUAUAAAAUUAUGAAUAAUAUGGAGAAAGUGAAUAAGGAAGUGUUAUUUAUUCCUUCACAAAACACAAGAACCAGGGGUCACCCAAUGAAAUUAAUAGGCAGCAGGUUUAAAGCAAACAUAAGGAAGUACAUAUUCACACAAUGUCCAGUCAACUUGUGGAACUCAUUGCCAGGGAAUGUUGUGAAGGCCAAAAUUAUAAUUGGGUUCAAAAAAGAAUUAGAUAAAUUCCUGGAGUAUAGAUCCAUCAAUGGCUAUUAGCCAAGAUCCAGGACACAACCCCAUGCUCUGGGUGUCCCUAAACCUCUGACUGCCAGAAGCUGGGACUGGACAGCAGGGGAUAGAUAACUUGAAAUUGCCCUUUUCUGUUCAUUCCCUCUGAAGCAUUUUGCAACGGCCACUGGAAGACAGGAUACUGGGCUAGAUGGACCAUUGGUUUGACCCACUAUGGCCAUUCUUAACUAAUCCAUUUGAGUAGUCAAAAGACAUGAACAGCUGAAGAAUGGUUUCAGAUACUCUAGUCCACAUUGCCAUAUGCCUGAGCUAGUGCACUUGCACAGAGGUGAGCAGUCGCUAAUUCUGUAAGAUGAACAGUACUGUAAUGUGAAUGCAGUGCUGGCUAAUUUACAGGGCAUUAAUUGUAUGUUCCAAUUGAAACUGUAUCAUUAUUUGAUCCAUAACAAGUCUCUCCACCCAUGAGAUUUUUCUUUUCUUUUUCAGCAUGCAAAAUAGCAAUAAGUUUGAUGGUCAGGAUUAAUGAUCACCUAGGGUCUCUUAACUGUGCUUCAGGCCAUUAACUUCUCCCAUUUACAUCACUCCCUGAGAAAUGACCCACAUCAUGAUCCUUAUUGCUUAAACGAUCACCCAGAUAGUGAAGAUCAGUACUGAGUCCUCUAAUGAUUAUGGGCCUGAUCCUACAAACACUUGCCACCAGACAGAGGACCUGAGCGAAAGCCCUUUCAAGUUGAUGCAGAUUCUUUCCAUAGACUUGAAUUGGCUUUGGAUUGGGCAUGUGAAGUUCCGUUGAAGUCAGUGGGGCUACUUGUGCUUUAAAUGUUCCACAGAGUAAAGGUGAACAUAAGCACUUAAGUAUGUGCUUGUCUUGAAUAUUUGUGUAUCCUGAAUCGGGGCCUAUAUGAUUAAUGAUAAUAGCAUAAAUGUCCCUAAAUAGAAAUGUAUACAAUAGACCAAACCUCUUAAGUCUGCCAAGUAAAUAGCAUUGUUAAAAAGAAUCUAAGUACCCACCAGAUGGAGGUGCCAGACAUUUUGAGAUUUUUUUUCUUUUGAACUAAUAUUUAAUUUGCAUAUGAAAAACUAUAGAAAAGAGCAGUAAAAUGCUGGCUUAACCCAACAACGUAUGAACUGUCGCUGAUGUAUGCUGUUAACCUACUCUGCUGUACCUUGGUAUUACAGCAGAUAUGUCAUCAGUUACUACAGUGAUCCAAACUUCUAGUGGACUUUCAGCUUUAAACUGACAAAAGCCAGACAAUUAAGAGAUAGGAGAGAAGCUUUGCUUUGCUUUGAAAUAGUUUUAUGUGUAGAUUAAGGAAAAAGAAGUCAACUUUCUAACCUGAGAAGAAAGGUGAUGUAAAAUUAACACUUUGCACUAAUCCAUUUAAAUUCCCAGGGUAUUGUGAAAAAUAUUGAAUAUGUGUUUAUUUAUACUAGACUAUGCUAGCUUCAACGUAGUUUUCUCAUUUCUAGAAAUAGUAACUGAUCCUUUUCUAAAAGUAAUGUUAGGCAAAGGUGUAUUAUGCUGGAGAAUAGGCACUUACUGUUCCAGGAGAAUCAUUUAAAAUCAAGUUUCAUAACUGAAGGGUGCAUUCUGAAAACUUUUCCAAUGUUACCUUACCUCGCCUGACAUGUCACUAGGCAAAAUGUAUUGAUUAUGAGAGUGCUGUAUUCUGCAGUGGGGUUAUAUGGAAGAUGUGGAACUCCUUUCUGCAUGGUUUUAGUCUUGACUUGGCUUUAAUGCUGAACAAUAACGGAAAAAUCGGAAUCCAGAAGUACAGUCACAUUGGGAUGUCUAUACAUAUCUUAGACUGCAUAAGAUCAUCUGUUCAGUUAUAAACAGCAGGUGCUACAAUGUCCUGUUUUGGUGCAUUUACCUGUAUUAUAAUAUCUGUAAGAUGAAAACCCAUGCUUGAAGUGCCCAUCCUUGUUAACAUAUCAAAAUUUUUUAUGAUGCAAAUCUGAAAUCUUUGUUAUGUGAGUUUUACAGUGAACUAAGUUUCAUUAAAAUUAUUUAAAACUGUAA